AUGACCCUUCCCGAUACCGGCCAGCGGUUUAGCAAUCAAGCAGCCAUCGGAAAUCCGAUGGCUCCAAACAUGAAAACAAAGGCUAAUGCGGCUCUUACGACAGGCCAGGGACUUGCUACCUUCACGCUCCAUCCCGAAUUCUGUCAUCAUGAAACCCUGUUUCAAAACCUAGGCAAAGGUGCUUACUUCUCAUUGAAAAAGGCAUUUCAAGGAAUUGCGCCCGCUUUUGUGGGCGAGUUCUCCGACAAUGCAGGCCGACGACCGGCAUACCUCGUCUGCGGCUUGCUAUACAUCGCAGCAAAUAUUGGGCUUGCACUUCAAAACACCUAUGCCGGUCUUCUAGUGCUUCGGUGUCUGCAAAGUGCUGGGAGCAGCGGAACAAUAUCUCUGAUCUAUGCCGUUGUGGCGGAUGUCGUGACCACCUCAGAGCGAGGCAGUUAUGUCGUCUAUGCCUCAAUCGCACCACAAAUAGGCCCAUCGGUCGGUCCUGUCAUCGGCGGUCUGCUCGCAGAAUACGCAAAUUGGCACUUUAUCUUCUGGUUCUUGGUCAUAGUUGCAUGUUUGGUUUUCAUUCCGCUCGGCCUAUUCUUCCCUGAGACAUGCAGAAAAAUCGUGGGAAAUGGAUCCAUCCCGCCUGCAAAAUUCAACCGAUGUCUUACCAACAAGCUACGCGAGAAGGGUGCGGCGGCCACAGAAGGGAUAUCUCCUCCGUCAGAAGACACAUCUAGAUCUUCCACAACGAAGACUCCGCGCCUGCGAUUUCCAAAUCCUUUCUCUGUGCUCAGACUUCUCAUCCAGAAAGAGUGUGGUCCCAUUCUCGUGUACGCAGCACUAGUCAGCUCUGGGAUGUUCUCGACUGUAGCCCUUAUUCCUUCCCAGUUCCAACGAAUAUACGGGUUCAACGAGCUUCAGAUAUCUCUCUGCUACAUCCCGCUUGGCUGCGGGACGAUUGCUGCUGCGUUUGUCCGCGGUCGUAUCCUUGACUCGCGGUUUAGAUAUUACGCUAAACAGCUACAGCUAGAAGUGGUGAAGAAUCGCAGGAUGGAUCUUACAAACUUCCCAUUGGAAAGAGCCCGCAUCGAGGUGGCGCUGCCUACAUUAUUCCUCGGCGCAGCAUGCACCAUCGGCUUUGGCUGGACGCUCCAGUACGAGACCAGUCUCGCAGGACCACUGAUCUUGGUGUUCUUCAUAGGAUUCAGCGCCAGUGCCACCUCGAACACUCUCCAGGUCUUAUUAGUUGACAUCUAUCCCGGAAGACCAGGUGCGGUGACUGCUGCGAAUAACUUGCUUCGAUGUUGGCUUGGAGCCGGCGCUUCAGCCCUGGUGAUCCCCAUGAUCGACGCCAUGGGGAUUGGUUGGACGUCCACUUUCUUCAGCCUCAUCGUCAUCGCGUUCAGUCCGCUCCUCUGGUAUAUCAUGAAGCAUGGCCCUAGAUGGAGGCGCGAGGCGGCUGCGAAGUUGAAGCGCAAGCUAGAUGACGGAGUCUAG